UGAACCCACGUGAAGCUCUAAAGAGUCCACGUCGACAGGGGGACAAAGUCCACAUUCCUCCUGUGAUCCUUCCUGUCUGGAGGGAGCCCCGGGCUGGUCAUAAAGUGGGACUCCUCCCGGCUCCAAAGGUCCUCCUGCAUGGGCACGAGGAGGUCAGAGGAGGAGAAGGAGUCCACCAGAGGGAUGGGAGCGCAGGAGGAGGAGGCGGCUCCUCCGACGGAGAACAACAAGCAACACAAGACCAGCAAAGAGGUUUUCUUCUCCGUGCUGCCGGAUCGAUACGAUCCGCUGAUCGAGGAGGAGGAGGAGGAGGAGGGGGAGGGGGAGGGGGAGGAGGAGGAGAGGAGGAGGAGGAAGGAGGAGAAGAAGAGGAGGAAGAAGAAGAAGUACAAGAAGUACAGGAAGAACGUGGGCCGAGCGCUGCGCCUCAGCUGGCGCUGCCUCCUGCUGGGCCUGCAGAGCAUGGCGUCCGUUUGCUCCGCCCCCGCCGGCGCCGCCUCGCUGGUGGUGACGGAGGUUCCCCGCUGGAAGCAAAGCAUGAUGGGAGAUGAAGGAGCCACUUAGUCUUCACUUAGUCUAGAGUUUGGUUCCAUCAGGACUUUGUUUUAAUGACGAUGAAGGAAUCUGAUGCAUUUUACUGCAACUACAAUAAAGAAAAAGUAGGAUACUUUUCAAAGUUUGUUACAUUUUGAGUAUUUGUGUUGAGUUGCAACAUGUAUCUACUUUGUAUUCAGUGGUUUUAUAAUAAAAAAUGUGAAAUGCGUGUAAUAUUUCUUUCUUGAAUAAAUGUCCACCUGUAUCCGCUUUCUAUA